CCUCCACUUCCUGGUUACGCGUCGAGGAAAUACUGUUAUUGGACAUGGAGUCGUGAAUUUCUUCACAAAGUAUUAACGUCAGUUAUAACGUGUGCGGUUAUUAAAAAGAAAAGUCGUUAUUAACGCAAGUAGUUGGGUUGCUCGUUAUUGCUAGACAACGAAAAAUUAAAAGAAUUAACGAUACCGAUGGUAACAUAGGACUUAAUAUCUGAGGGGAAGUGAGGACGUGAGCGCCACGUCACAGACUAGUGCAGGAAACAUCACUUACCCAGGGUCCUGCCUGGAUUACACCUGUUUCUCUUAAAACACUUGGAUAUAAAAGCUGUAACCCCUGAAGAAAACUAAAAUGACGUCUUCUAACUGGGGUUUAAUAAUGAACGUGGUGAACAGCAUUGUGGGAGUCAGUGUGCUGACCAUGCCCUUCUGCUUCAAACAGUGUGGUAUAGUUCUAGGCACUCUGUUGCUUUUCUUCUGCUCGUGGAUGACCCAUCAGUCCUGCAUGUUUCUGGUCCAUACAGCCAGCAACACUAAGCGCAGGACUUACGCUGGACUGGCUUUUCAUGCUUUUGGUAAACCAGGAAAGGCACUUGUGGAGCUGAGUAUGAUUGGCUUAAUGCUUGGUACAUGUAUCGCAUUCUACGUGGUCAUUGCAGACCUUGGAUCAAACUUCUUUGCCCAACUUUUAGGCCUCCAGGUAACACGCAGUUUCCGUGUCCUGUUGCUCAUUGCUGUGUCGCUGUUCAUUGUGCUACCUCUGAGUCUGCAGAGGAACAUGAUGUCAUCUAUCCAGUCAUUUUCAGCCAUGGCACUGAUCUUCUACACGCUCUUUAUGUUCACGAUAGUGUUGUCCUCUCUGCGUUACGGCAUUAUCAGUGGGUCAUGGGUGGACAGAGUGCACCUGUGGCGCGUCAAGGGGGUCGUGCAAUGUCUGCCAAUUAUCGCCACUACCUUCUGCUGCCACCCGCAGGUGCUGCCUACCUAUGACAGCCUGGAUGAUCCCUCGGUAAAGAGAAUGAGCACUAUCUUCACCUCUUCUCUCAAUGUCGUUACCACCUUUUACAUUACAGUGGGGUUCUUUGGCUAUGUAAGUUUCACAGACACUAUAUCUGGGAAUGUGCUGAUGAAUUUUCCCUCUAACCUUGUGACGGAGAUGAUCCGAGUGGGCUUCAUGAUGUCUGUGGCUGUGGGCUUCCCCAUGAUGAUCCUGCCCUGCAGGCAGGCCAUCAACACCAUGCUGUUUGAGCAGCAGCAGAAGGAUGGCACUUUUGCUGCCGGUGGGUACAUGCCGCCCCUUCGCUUCAAGAGCAUUACUCUGUGCAUUGUCUUCGGCACUAUGCUGGGAGGUAUCCUCAUCCCAAACGUGGAGACUAUCCUAGGUCUGACUGGAGCCACUAUGGGCAGCCUGAUCUGCUUCAUCUGCCCUGCUCUCAUAUACCGGAAGAUCAUGAAGAAUGGCCUUGCUGCUCAGCUGGUUCUAUGGGUUGGGCUUGGGAUUCUACUCUUAAGCACCUUCACCACUCUGUCCAUGUCCAGUGAGCCAGAUCAAGUACAGCCUCCUGCUAUCGUCUCCAAAACUAAUGACAAACCUCCUGUUGUUGCUGUGCCAGAGCUGCCCAAACAUCCUGCUGGAGAAACCCCAGUGGUUCCAGUGGCAGCAGGAAAACUGGACAAACUUGAGCCGGCUGUGGAGCAGAUCCUGCCUGCAGAGGACAUAAAGAGCCCAGAGGAGAAGGAGCCAGCUGAGCCACCACAGAUAAAAGUACCCAUGGAAGUGCCUGAGAGGGAGAAGAAAGAGGAGGUUCAGCUGGACCGUCCUGAAGCAGACAUUGCAGUGCCUGAUGGAGAGGCUCACCGCCACGAACCACCCAUCCCUCAUGACGAGGUUCAUAUAGAGAAGCGCAAGAACCAGCAGGAGCGUGAUGAUGAAAAGAACCAAGGUGAAGGAAAGGAAGAGGAGGAGUUGGCAGAACAGGGGGCAGGCCAGCAGCAGGAGGUGGCACAAGAUGACGUGAAGAAUGAGGAGGUGCAUAAAAAACAGGAUGUUGCAAAGAUCCAUGUGGCACAGGACCAGGCCAAUGAGAUCCAAGAGAAGGUGGAAGAACAGAAGCAGCCAGUGGUGGUGGUGCAUAAGCCUGUGGAAUCUUUAGAGAUGGACCCGGAAGCUGAGAACAGACUGCCUGCUGAUAAGAAAUCGAAGGAAAGUGAUAAAAAAGCAGCUGAAUCUGCGAAAGUAAAACAUUCUGAACCAGUGGUCCAUUUGGCUGCGGUGCAUGAUGGGGUUGUCAGCCAAGAGAAUAAAGAAGAGAAGAAACAGGAUGGGAAGGACCCCAAGGAAGGAGAUGGAGACAAGAUGGAAGUGAUUAAAAAGAUCGUUGCAGAGGGAGUGCUGGACCAUGCCGUGCUACUACAGGUGAUCAAAGAACAGCAAGAGCAACAGAAGAGGUUGCUGGACCAACAGGAGAAACUCCUCGCUGUCAUUGAGGAACAGCACAAAGAGAUCCAUCAGAAAAAGGAUGAAGAGGAGGAACCCAAAGCUGCAGGUGAUGCUGCAGUUGAUGUGGGUGAAAUAGUGCAGCACCAACAUGACCCAGUGGAUGAAGACAGGAAGGUGAAAACCCCAGAACAGAGCUCAGACCACCAUCAAGAACCUGAGAAGCUCGCACCUGUAGCUGACGCUCAGAAGCAACAAGUGAAAGACCCGGUUCUCAUCCCAGCACAAGAUGAACCAAAACAGGAGAAACAGCCUUCACAAGUAGCAGUGCAUGUAGAUCUAGACUUGCAGAAAGACCUUGGGGCACGAGGGGUGCCAUUACGCCAGCAUCAGCCUGACCCUCCUAACGAUAAGCAGAAAAGGCAAGGAGACCUUGAAGAACGUCAGCCAGAAGAUAUCGCAAAGGAGGAGGAGAGAGUAAGACAGAGGUUAGCCCAGCUUGAAGUUGAGAAAGAACGACUUGAAAAGGAAAGAUUGGAGAAAGAGAGGCUCGAGAAGGAAACCUUGGAGAAAGAGAGGCUCGAAAAGGAAAGGUUGGAGAAAGAGAGGCUCGAGAAGGAAAGGUUGGAGAAAGAGAGGCUUGAAGAGGAAAGGUUGGAGAAAGAGAGGCUCGAGAAGGAAAGGUUGGAGAAAGAGAGGCUGGAAGCAGAGAGGUUGAAACAAGAGAAGGACAAGCUUGAUCAUGAACUUGUGAAGCAGGCUGAGAAUGAGCAGAAGUUGAUGGAAAAGAGGGAAAAACUGGUCCAGCUGCAGCAGAUAAUUGACAGUCGAGACACCAAUCAGAAUGAGGUCAUCGAUAAAAAGCAUCAAGUACCUCAACCUCUGAAGAAAGGAGGCAGGGAUUUAAAGGAGAAUUUGGAUCCUCAAGAAGAGGAGCUUCAGAAAGAACAGAAGAGCAGAGAGGAGGGAGUGAUGGACCUGAGAAGGCGACGCAGGGCUCUGGGAGCUGAGGAGAGACGAGUGCCUGGACUGGAACCUCUGCUGGAGCUUGGAGGGUCAGACCUCCAUGCAGCACUUGAGGCUCAGCUGCUGGCUGGAGCUGUGAUCCAUUCCCGCCAGAUUAAACAGAUUUCACACCAGCAAAACACAGAUGAGUAGUUUUUCACCUAGCAGUAUGCUGAAGACAUAGACAUGAACAUAUGCACGUGGUUCAUUCAUCUUAUGCCCAUAGGAUAAAAUGCUGGAUCAGCCACUAAGUUUAAAUCCAGGACUAACAUUUAUUCAAAUUGUGUACAUCCACACUGAAGGAUAUGUUUAAUCUGCAGCUAGACAGUGUUGGGGUUUCGUUAUUUCCUUAUUUACUAUUGUACUUUUGUAGCUUUCUUGGGGACUCUCCUCCCGAGAUCUGCCUUUCUAAACAGCGAAUUCUGCAAUCUCUUAUACACAUUAUAAAAACUAACCUGCAAGAAUAUCAAACCAACCACCAAAAAUGGGCAUGUUAAAUAUUUCUGUUUGCUUUAUAUAAUAAGGAUUAAUGCCAAGGUGCCAGAUUUGUUCGCCUGUAUUGGAAAUGUCCGUGCAAAUAGUGUAUUUUAACUCCCAUUUGUUAAAAUGCUGAAAAAUGUCUGGUAUCACAUGGCUGACUUGUGUACAUGGUCACUGGAUAUUCUAUGGUCAUCCUGAAGGUAAGUAGUGUUUGUUACAGUUCUCUUGAAAUUUAUUCGCAGCAGGUCAAUUUUGAACCAUUAAACUUCCAAAGUUUCCAUAAACAUCCCUAAAAUGAGAAGUGUUCCUAUACUUUCAUUUGAAUGAAAGCUGAGUGUGACGUCCAGUUUUGAGGGAUUUUCUACAAAGUAAAGAUUUCAAGUUUUAGUUGAAACUAGCCUAAAUAGAUGUAUACACAAAGAUGCCAGAAUUCAGUAGCUGCAGGGACACGUUAGUCAUGUUCUUUCUCUUCACAUUCAUUCCUCUGCUGUGUGGUUUGGGUGGCAUUCAGUUAUAUCAAUUCACUCAGACUGUGUCCAUCAGUCCAUUAAUGUUGUGUUAUUUAUACGAGGUCAGGACUCGAUCCAUUUCUCGUAUCGUUUGUGUUGCCAGGAUUCCAGGUCUUUUGAGCUUACUUCUAAUAUCAGCUUAAGCUAAGCAAAUUUAAAGGCUUAGUUAAAACCAAAUGUGUAUAAAAUGUCUUUUGAAGAUGUAUACGAUAUGGCCAAAAGUAUGUGGACACAUGACCGUCAUACCUAUAUGUGGUUCUUCCCCAAACUGUUGCCACAUAGUUGGAAGCACACAACUGUAUAGCAUGUCUAUGCAUUACAAUUUCUCUUCACUGGAACUAAGAGCCCCAAACAUGUUCCAGCAUGAUAACGCCCCUGUACACAAAGCGAGUUCCUUUAUGACAUGGUUUGCCAAGUUUGGAGUGGAGGGACUCGAGCGGCCUGCACAGAUCUCUGACCUCAACCCCACUGAAGACCUUGGGGAUGAACUGGAAUGACUACUGCACCCCAGGCCGCCUUAUCCAACAUCAAUACUUGACUUCACUAAUGCUCUUGUGACUGAAUGAGCAAAUCCCCACAGCCAUGCUAUACAAAUAUAGCGUAAAACCUUCUCAGAAGAGUUGAGGUUAAUAUAACUGCAAAAGGGGACCAAGUCUGGAAUGGGAUGUUUUCUCUCAGCUGUCAGUCGUGUCUGACUUUGAUGCAAGUACAAUAAGUGUGAUGGCCUAUUUAUAAGCACAUAUAGGUGUGAUGGUCAGGUCCACAAACCUUUGGCCAUAUGGUGUACAUGAGUAAUAGACUCAAGGACCAAACACUGUUAAAGAACCCAAGUUGCCAGCUUUUGUUUCUUGAUUACAUUAUUUUUGGGUAAUAUAUCUGGUCAGCAUUUAAUUGCUAACCAAUAUCAUUCAACUCAGUUGGAGAUAAAGACUAAAGACUUGAAGAUAAAGCCUAAAGUUAUUCCGUCUCAUAGUGCUCCAUUCAGUGAUGAGCAGUAAGCAAUGACCAUAUGUAAAACCUGCUUGGGGCUCAAUCCAUGAUUUGAAUAUGAAUGUUUGCAACUCAAGCACUUCGUUAAUGCUUGUAGAAAGACAAAAGAAAAUGAAGUUCACAAAAGCACAACUCCAAAAAAGUAAUAUUGUCCAUGAAAGGUUUUAUAGAAAUGUUUAUUUUUCUAGGCCUACCAGAUUAUAAUUUAUUAUAUAUAUUUUUAAAAAACUCCUUUUUGGAGUGACUGUGUUUAAAAAAGGUACAGAAGAGCUACACCAACUGGCAAUAGUUAGUUCACACUUGUUGGUGGUUGUUUUUUUUUUUUUGUUUUUUUUUUUGGUUUGUUUGUUUGUUGUUUUUCGCUUGAUUCGUGUCAAUGUAUAGAUUUUUGUGUGUUUGUUGAUCGUUCUCUUGUUCUACAUUCCUGGCUCUUACCUAAAACUAUUUAAUGUGUCUUGUGGGUGUCACACAUUUUGACAGUGAGUGUGUGACAUUUUUGCAUUUUCCAUCUUUGCCUCUCUAGGUUUGUGGUUUGACUGUGUUGUUAUAAUUUUGUUUUUCUGGCCCAUUUUAGGGUUCAUUCUUUUAACAGUGCUCAUAUGUAUUUAGUGUUCAGGUCUGCUAAAGCUUGUUACGCUGUUGUAAGUUCUAUAUCCUGUAAAUUUAUCAGAUUGAACCUGCUGUUUCCGAUGUUUGAGUAUUGAAAACUUGUUUUGCAGAGGAUAUACACAUGAAUGACAUACCAUCUUCUCUCAGGUGGUAAUAAAAAUGUUAAAUAAAUGUUGUUUCAGCAAUGAA